AUGAGUCCAUGUUCUGAACUCACCGAUACGUUAAACAUUUAUUUCUUCCCUUCUUUCUUCCCUUCUUUCUUUUCUUCGUUCUUCCAUUCUUUCUUUCCUUCGUUCUUUCAUUCUUUCUUCUUUUCUUUCUUCCCUUCUUUCUUCCCUUCUUUCGUUCCUUCUUUCUUUUCUUCGUUCUUCCAUUCUUUCUUUCCUUCGUUCUUUCAUUCUUUCUUCUUUUCUUUCUUCCCUUCUUUCUUCCCUUCUUUCUUUCCUUCUUUCUUUUCUUCGUUCUUCCAUUCUUUCUUUCCUUCGUUCUUUCAUUCUUUCUUCUUUUCUUUCUUCCCUUCUUUCUUCCCUUCUUUCUUCCCUUCUUUCUUUUCUUCGUUCUUCCAUUCUUUCUUUCCUUCGUUCUUUCAUUCUUUUCUUUCUUCCCUUCUUUCUUCCCUUCUUUCUUUUCUUCGUUCUUCCAUUCUUUCUUUCCUUCGUUCUUCCAUUCUUUCUUCUUUUCUUUCUUCCAUUCUUUCUUCCUUUCUUUCUUCCCUUCUUUCUUCCUUUCUUCCUUUCCUUUCUUUCUUCCCUUCUUUCUUUUCUUCGUUCUUCCAUUCUUUCUUCUUUUCUUUCUUCCCUUCUUUCUUCCUUUCUUCCUUUCCUUUCUUUCUUCCCUUCUUUCUUCCAUUCUUUGUUUUUAUCUUUCUUUCAUUUUCUCACUGA